AUGGUUGAUUUUAAACACCAGCUUAUGCAUGAUAACAUUUCCAUGCUUUUCUUUGUAUUCUGGAUCAUGUGGACAUUCUUCUAUAUCUACAACGUCAUUCUUUUCUUCAAAAAUCGAAAAUCCGUUUACAUUCAGAAGCGUCUUCCAUGGCUUAUCUUCAUGUCAUCAAUUGGACAAUAUUUAAUGAUUUGCUCACUCACAUUCAAGAUUAUCGUAACUCCAAAACAAUUCCCAAAUAUUGUCGAUCACUGGUAUCUUUGGCUCCUUAUGCCAACGCACUUUGCUCCUUAUCCGAUUCGCGCUUUCAACUUCAUUCUCACAUACUACAUUGCUAAAAAUAGACCAACAGACGAGUCAGAUCAAGUUGAUGAAGAAACUAAAGAGAAAUUCUCAUGUGUGAGCUUACUUCAUUGGUUGGCUAGGCAUCCUAAGUUCUUACGUCACAAAGCUUUCUUCAUUUACUCGUGCAUUAUCCAAGGAAUUGCGUUCAUUAUAGGAGUUAUUCGUCAGAUAACAGUUAAGAGCAAUCUUCCUAGAGCAGAAAAUGUCGGUGAAGGUGUGCAACAGCUUUCAUAUAUUAUGUUCUUAUUAAUUGUUACUGUUGUCAGUAUUUUCCUAUGGAUUUGCGUACACAAGCUCAAAUCAAUCAACGAUAACCUCAAAAUUAACGCCGAGCUUAUUACAAUAGGUAUCCUUUGGAUAAUCCUCUUCCUUCCUUUCAUUGGAACAGGAUGGUUAUCAUUAAAGGGCUACAUUCCAUGGGAUCGCCUUUCUCCUAUCUUCUGCGUCGUCCUUUGCGUCAUCUCGUUCCUUGUUUCCUUCGGAAUGCCCGUUCACAUGGCGAUUGUCCAGCCAAAAGAUAUUAAAUUGGGAACAAAGAUUUUGGAUUCGCUUGAAUCGAUUCUUGCCGAUGAAAGAGCAUCAGAGCUUCUCAUAAGUUACUUAGAAAGACAAUGUUGCGUUGAUAAUUAUUAUUUCCUCAAAAGAGUCAAAGAAUAUCAACAAAUUACAAACCCUGAUGAACUAAACGAGCGCUACGAAAAGAUCAUCAAGGAAUUUAUCAAUUCUGACUCGGUCAGCCACAUCAAUAUUUCUGAUCAAAUGACUAAGAAGCUUUUGAAGGAGAGAAGUGACGGAGUCAAGCCAUCUUCUCACUCUUUCAACGAACCUUAUCAGGAAAUUAACAAAGUUACGGCCCAAAACAUUGCAUUUGGUUUCAAGGAUGAUCCGGCAGUCCGCAAGUACGCUCGCCAGCUGAACGCUCAAUCUCUUGAAACUGGUGAUUAA